UUAUAUUUAUUAUUUGAGAGAAUUAUCAAUUAUCUUAAUUUUUUUAUAACAAAGAGUUAUCCUUCACAUUGAGUUUUCUUUAGCCUAAGAAACUAAUUAAAGAAUCUAUUUUUAUUUUAUUGUUUCAGCUAUUACUUUUCAAACUUUUUUAAACUCUGAUCAAUCAACAACAAUCAAUAAACCAAUCAUCAAGAGGACAAAAGUCCCGUGUCCGGUCUCCAGUCGCAUGUUUCUCUGUCGUUUACCUUUGCCCGCUUCACUCCUCAACAAAGAAAAUUAAGACACACAGAAGCUCCCCUUUGAAUUCCCACGAUCCUUUUCGACUUCUUCGAUAUUUGUUCUACCUUUGAUUCUCCGGUUUUCAUUGAGUGCUAUAUGGCGAUUGUGGCUGAUGGUACAUAAAUGGAAGGAGGAAUUUCUUUACAAUUUAUCCAAAUCUAUCACAUUUUUCCUGGGGAUUAAUGAUACGAUCCUUGAUGACGAACCCAAAAAUCUCACAUCGUCCUACCAUCUGCUAUAGGUCCAUACAACCAUCUGAUUUAGAGAUGUUAGAACAAAUCCACAGUGACGUAUUUCCCAUCAGGUAUGAGUCUGAGUUUUUCCAGAAUGUUGUGAAUGGACGUGAUAUCGUGUCAUGGGCAGCUGUUGAUCGCAGUCGACCUGAUGGUCAAAGUGAUGAGCUUAUUGGAUUUGUUACUGCAAGAAUUGUACUGGCAAAGGAUAGUGAGAUAGCAGAUUUUUUCAGGUAUGACUCAUCAAAGGAGGAUCAAACAUUAGUUUAUAUUCUGACACUGGGAGUGGUAGCUGCUUACAGAAAUGUUGGCAUAGCUACAGCACUUAUCAAUGAGGUCAUUAAAUAUGCUUCAAGAAUACCAGCAUGCCGUGCAGUUUACUUGCAUGUGAUUUCUUAUAAUAACCCAGCCAUUGAUUUAUACAAGAAGAUGUCAUUCAAGUGUGUGCGGAGGUUGAAUGGGUUUUACUUGAUCGAUGCCCAACAUUAUGAUUCAUAUUUGUUCGUUUACUAUGUAAAUGGCAGUCGUUCUCCUUGCUCACCAUUAGAGCUUGUUACAGUUGUUGUUAGUUGCAUGAAGACUGGUCUGAAGUCUGUUGCCGCAAAGCUGAUGAAGAACGAAGAGAAGACGGUGAAAUGGCCUAAAUGUAAAGAAACUCGUGGUCUCAUAUCGACACAAAAUAAGAGAAUGAUUAAAACUGAGUGUUCAGGAUGCGAGUAUGUUUAACAAAGUGUAGUAGCUGUGGCUGACAUAUUCCAAGAGAAAAUAAAAAAUUUCAAUGGCUAGCAUAUACUCUCCUUACCCCCUCCGCUUUUCUCCUUCAUCUGUUGUUCCCUAAAACAAAGAGAAAGAGAAAAUUGUUACAUUGUAGUAGCUAUUGUAUUCUUAAAUAAUAAGUUCAGUUCUAAUGUGUAUUUCUCUCCUCUCUUUGUGUUGGAUUCG